AUGAAAGAAAUAAACGCAAUCGAGACAGCUUCGCCGGUCCAACACGGAGAUGCAGCGCUCGAAUUCCUGGCCCAUGAGAAGCAGGUUGGAGAGAUUGCGAGUAUCACUGACACCCGCAAGCUGCGAUGGAAGAUCGAUCUUGCCAUAAUGCCCAUACUCGCUGUGAUCUACUUUUUGCAGUAUCUCGACAAGACAUUGCUCAACUAUGCGGCAGUCAUGGGAAUCAAGGACAACCUCAAGGGAAAUGAAUACAACAACCUCGGAACCAUCUUUUACGUGGGAUAUCUUGUUGCGGAACCGAUCACGGCAUACCUGAUGCAACGACUGCCAAUUGGCAAGUAUCUGGGCAUUAAUGUGGCCUGCUGGGGCAUUCUAGUUGCCUGCCAUGCCGCAUGUCGCAGUUAUGUCUCUUUGAUGAUCGUGCGAGUUCUGCUGGGUGUGUUCGAGGCCUCUGUCGCUCCAGCUCUCAUUCUCAUCACCGGUAUGUGGUGGACGAAACCAGAACAGUCCCGACGCAUGGGCCUGUGGUAUAUGCAGAUUGGAGUCGCACAGAUUGCCGGUGCAGGCAUUUCGUAUGGGUUUCAGCUGGUCCACUCUGCCCAGUUGGCAAACUGGCAGAUUCUCUUCCUCUGCAUGGGAUGCAUAACAACUGCCGUUGGGAUCAUGGCCGUUUUCCUCCUGCCAGAUACUCCGAUGACAGCCUGGUUUCUCAGUGACCAGGAGAAGAUUGCUGCCGUCGAGCACGUUCGAGCCAAUCAAACGGGUAUCGAAAACAAGCAGUUGAAGCCAUAUCAGGUUCUCGAGCUCCUCACCAAAGAUAAGCAGACGUGGCCUUUGUUUUUCAUCACGGUCCUUGCGAUGAUUGACAAUGGUGCCGUUUCCAAUUUCUCAAGCAUCAUCAUUGCGACUUUCGGGUUCUCCAAGCAGAAAACAACCAUCAUCCAGAUGCCUUCGGGGGCUGUUUCGAUUAUCGCUACCUUUAUUGCCAUGUACGUCAGUGCACACGGCUACCGCUCCUGCAUGAUCGCCAUCAUCACGCUGCCCAGUAUUCUGGGUGUGGGAUUGCUGCUCGGCCUAGGAAACUCGCAUAAAGUCGGCAUGCUGUUUGGUGUUUAUCUUCUUAACUCGUGUCCGGCCAUGUUGCCGAUCAUCUACAGCUGGAAUUCUGCCAAUACGAGUGGAUAUACCAAGCGUGUGAUGAGAAAUGCCUUGACUCUCAUUGCCUUUUGUGUAGGCAAUCUCAUCGGCCCCCAAUUGUUCCAGUCGGGUGAUGCACCAAACUAUAAGCCAGCCAAGAUUGCUCUUGUUGUAACCAUGUCGGUUGUGGUCAUCCUCGCCUUUAUCCUGCAGCGCCUUGUCGUAUGGGAGAAUGCCAAGCGGGAGAGCGAACAGGCACAUUCCACACAAGAGGCUGAUGAUCUUGAUCUUGGCUUUUCGGACUUGACAGAUAUCGAGAAUCGGCAAUUCCGAUACUUGUAUUAGGAGGCAUGGGGAUGUGUCAGAUCAAUUGAAUGUGUCUAUAAAUUGUCAUUUCACCUGAACGAAAACACAAGCAUUGGAUUGUGGUAAUUUUAUAGGAGCAUAGAUCAUGUGCAUGUUAGAUAUAGUGGACUAAGCAAUGCACUAUAUAUCAAUGAUGUAGGGUAGUAUUAGAGUAUUUCUAUGGGCU